AUGUCUGAAUCUUCAUUUAUGCAUUUGGUGAGACCAAAUGUGAUAGCGCCAGCAGCAGGUGCAGCAAACGGCCCAGCAAAGAUCACAAUCCACACCCCAGCAUACCUUACAAUUUUAGAGAUUGUUUCUAAGCAAGUGUUGGGUAAACGUACAAUCGGUUCUUUACUUGGUGUUAGAUCCGAUGACGGUUUGGAGAUUGAAAUCAGGGAUGCAUUUAUGAUUCCAAUUACGGAGACUGGCGACUCGAUUGCCAUUGAAGAACAAUCACACAAAGUCUUAUAUCAAUUAUACAAGAAAGCACAUCCAAAGGAGUCAGUAUUGGGUUGGUUUGGAAGUGCGUCUCAAAUAGAUGACACUACUAGUUUGAUCCAUGAUUUCUAUUCCAAAGGUGUUGACCGUGCAUUUCCUCACCCAGCUAUAUACUUGAAUGUUGAAUAUUUGGAUAGUGCGGGUAAACCAACUGCUCCAAAAGUGACCACAUACAUUGGUGCUGCAGUGGGUAAGCCGGUAUCAAAGACCAAUGUGCAAAUUGGAUGGAACAAGACUGCCAACAUCAACAACUCAUACAUCUUUACACCAAUCCCCAAUGAAAUCUUUAAUGGAACUACAACUGAAAAGAUUGCAUUCAAGACUUUACAAGAGGCCACUUUGGAAAAGAGCAGAGGAUCUUCUUCACCUACACAAGCAUCAGAGUUGCUCAAUGGGGAUUUGUCAUACUUGUCAGUGAGUAUUCAAGAAACCAGGGCUAAUGUCGAGGACUUGUUGAAAUAUAUUGACUCGCAAUCACAAAAUAGCACUAGUGAUGACAAUAUUGACUUGUUGAGGAAACUCAGUAAUUCAUUGUUGACCAAGCCACCUAUUUUGAGCAACGUUGAUGAGUUGAACAAGGCAUUUGAGAGCCAUAACCAAGAUGUCAUCAUGAUUGAGUUGAUGACAAAGGCGGUUAAGGAGCAAAUCGAAACAAGUGCCAAGUUGACUGCUGCUUCUGAAGCAGAAAAACGGUAUUAG